GAUUGUUGUGACUGUCAGAAGCCCCAUCUUGAACCAGCGAUAUGCACGAGAGCAGCAGCUCCCAGGCAGGGGCGGACUGACAACUCAUGGGGCCCCCAGGCAAUAGGGGAUCAUGGGGCCCCUGUGUCCUUGCCCAAACUAAAAAAAGCCUAUGAAAAAGGUACCAGGGACAUCUCAUGGGGCCCCCUACUGACCCCGGGCCCUCCAAAUGGUCAGUCCGCCCCUGCUCCCAGGUCUCUCCCUCCUCAUUGGCUGAACAAUUGGCUCCCACUGCUGUUAAUCACCGCCAGUGAGGUG